CAAUGUCUGAAUGUAAGAUGGCGCCCAGGGAGCUGUGAGGCGAAAAUAAUCUAUCUGUGUAAAAAACGGAAUCACCCGAGCGAACGGCGCCCGGUAGCGGAGCCGGGGGCUGCAGAGCGGGAGCUGCACGAACCUAAGGAUUGGCUGCCUGCGGACAGCGAGCUGGCGGCGGAUCUGUAAAGGCUGUACACUAUGAAUAAUUCUCUGGAGAACACCAUAUCAUUUGAAGAGUAUGUCCGCAUGAAGGCCCGGACAGUACCCCAGCACAGGAUGAAGGAGUUCCUGGAUUCCUUAGCUGCUAAAGGGCCUGAAGCUCUGCAGGAGUUUCAGCAACCCCCAACGACAACCAUGGUAUACCAGCAGGGCGCUAACUGUAUUUACACAGACAGCACCGAGGUGGCAGGGUCUCUUCUGGAAUUGGCCUGUCCUGUUACGAGUGUUCAGCAGCAGCAGGCCCAGCAAGAACAGCAGAUCCAAUCACAGCAGAUUUAUGAAGCAUUCAUCAGGCUUUGGAAUCCUCUACUCCCUGUCCCUCAUCUGAAUCAAGCCAACCUCUCCCCAGAGGGGUCCCAGGAUUCUGGUAUUUCAGAAGAUUUGUUGGUGCAGGUACAGCAGUCGCCUCAGCAGGUUACUACCCAGCAGCUCUCUCCACAGCUUAAUGUCCAUCAGUCAAACGAGCAACCGCUACAAGUACAAGUACAGAUCCAAGGCCCAUCUCAGACACAAACGCAACAAACAGUGCAGACAAUACAGACUCAGUCCUUGCAGUCCCCCAGUCCUUCCCAGCAGUUGGCUAAUUCUCAGCUUCAGGUGGCUCAGAUCCAGGUACAACACGUGCAAGCAGGACAGCAAAUCCAGACUUCUGACAUCCAGGAGGACCAUAUACAGCACCAGCAGAUCCAAGCACAGCUGGUGGCAGGACAGUCCGGGGGCAUGCAGAUACAAACGGCUGGGGCACUUUCACCGCCUCCCUCUCAACAGGGUUCACCACGAGAAGGAGAACGCCGGUCUAGCACUGCCAGUGUCCUUCAGCCUGUAAAGAAACGAAAAGUGGACAUGCCAAUCACCUUAUCAUAUGCAAUUUCAGGACAGCCACUUGCUGCUGUUCUGGCAAUCCCACAGGGGCAACAGCAGAGUUAUGUGUCCCUGAGGCCGGACUUGCUUACAGUAGACAGUGCUCAUCUUUAUGGAGCCACUGGGACUAUUACAAGUCCAACAGGUGAGACUUGGACCAUCCCAGUUUACUCUGCAAAUGCUCGUAGUGAUCUGCAGCAGCAAAAUAUAACUCACAUUGCCAUCCCACAAGAGGCCUACAAUACCGUCCAUGUCACAGGCUCCCCCACCACUGUAGCGGCUGUAAAGUUAGAGGAUGACAAGGACAAAAUGGCAAAAAACACUCAUGAAGAGGUAGUGCAGACUCUGGCAAACUCCUUGUUCCCUGCCCAGUUCAUGAAUGGGAAUAUCCACAUUCCGUUGGCAGUACAGGCGGUGGCAGGGGCUUACCAGAACACAGCACAGACUGUGCACAUAUGGGACCCUCAGCAGCAAGUAUCACUUCAUGAGCAGGUGCAACAGCAGCAACAUCAGCUACAGACUCAAACCAUUCAGGUUGCUGAUGUUGAACCACAGCCUCCGCCACAGCCUUCACCAGAACUGAUGCUCCCAAAUACCUUGAAACCAGAAGAGGGUCUUGAAGUCUGGAAGAACUGGGCCCAGACCAAGAAUGCUGAGCUGGAAAAGCAAUCCGUAAACCAAUUAGCGCCAAUAGGAAGGCGUCAGUGGCUGAGGUUUCAGGAAGAUCUUGUGUCAUCAGCAGUAGCCGAGCUGAAUUACGGACUCUGUCUAAUGGCAAAGGAGUCUCGGAAUUCAGAAGGGGAACCAUAUGACCCAGAUGUACUUUAUUACAUUUUUCUCUGUAUUCAGAAGUACCUUUGUGAAAAUGGAAGAGUAGACGAUAUAUUCUCUGAUGCAUAUUACAUCAAGUUCACGGAGUGGCUUCAUGAAUUUCUGAGGACCUACCAGCCACGAGUCACAUCUCUUGGUUAUGUUAUGCCUAGUCACGUGACGGAGGAGAUGCUCUGGGAGUGCAAGCAGCUGGGAGCGCACUCUCCUGCCACGCUACUCACGACACUUAUGUUUUUUAAUACCAAGUAUUUUUUGCUGAAAACUGUUGACCAGCACAUGAAAUUGGCUUUCUCCAAGGUCCUGAGGCAAACAAAGAAGAACCCUUCCAACCCAAAGGACAAGAGCACGAGUAUACGAUACCUGAAAGCACUUGGCAUUCACCAAGCAACAGCGCAGAAAGGUUUUUCCGUUACUGACGACAUGUAUGCAGAGCAAACAGAGAAUCCAGAAAAUCCUUUACGAUGUCCUAUUAAACUGUAUGAUUUCUACCUCUUCAAAUGCCCGCAGAGUGUGAAAGGUCGAAAUGACACAUUUUACCUGACACCAGAACCUGUUGUUGCCCCUAACAGCCCGAUUUGGUACUCCACCCAGCCAAUCAGCAGAGAGCAAAUGGAGCAGAUGCUAGCACGAAUUCUGAUCAUUCGAGAGAUCCAGGAAGCCAUUGCAGUUGCCAGCAACAUGCACUAAAAACACAUUUCCAGCCACUGAAGAUCUAUAAAUGAAAAAAAUAAAAAUAAAAAAUAAUGUACAGACUUUUACACUAAAAGAAGAUGCCUACUUUUUUUUUUUUUUUUUUUUUUUUAUUGGUGUAGUUAAGGAGCCCCUUUUAGGCUUCUUCUGUUUAAAAUAAAGUAUAAGAGAAAAAAAGAAUACCCAAAUGUGCAUCUUAAAAAACUAUGGUCAGAGAUGUGUUUUCCAAAUUAGAGGAGACAUCGGAAAACACAACAAUGGUUCUAACUUUUUAACUUUUUUGUUUUGUACUGUCAGCAUGGAGGUAGGAAAGACGUUUUUGGAUGUGAGCAGCCCUCUAAUGUAUAAAUUCUAUCAAUUCUCAUGAAUUUUAUCAGCUGUAGGAGAGAGACCACACAACUGCUCUGUUCCUUGCCUACCUUAUACACAGACUUUUAUUCUGCAUUUCAGUAGAAAACUGUAUCCUGAUUUUAUAUAUUAACAUAUAUAUAUAAAUAUUUCAAAAGUAGGGUUAUUUUAUUUUACAAUAACCUGAAUAUAUUGCUUUUUUUCCUGGCCCAGAUGUCAAGGCCUUAAACUGCAGGCAUUUGAGCCUAUGUAAAUUUAUUGUAAUAUAUACUCUUGUGUAUCUGCUGAAGAUAUCUCAAUAUUUCUCCUUUUGUUCUUAUGUUUCUUGUUUAUUAAGAAUGAUAAGCACGUCUUUACAACCUG